UUUGUUUUCCUGAUUUUGAAUAAAAAAUUUCUUUCAUCCCCAGCGAAGCGAAAUGAAAUAAAAAGGGAAAAUUAGUGCUUACACUUGAAUUACAAUCAACUUUCUUUUUUCUUUUUUUUUUUAAAUUCAAUGCAAGGCAUUUGUCCGUGACACUGGUCGCAAUCGUAUAAGUCAUAAUGUUGAUACGAUUCAUGCGCAUCGUUCAACUGCGACGAAUUUCGCGCGUAGAAGAAAAACUAUAUCUAGAGUCGAGGACGCGAACGAGGCUAGCGUAGUGCACGCAAAGCAUGCUCUUGCCAGUAGUGCCCGGCAAAAGCUCUAGGAAGCUUUCGUGUGUAUAUAUAUAUAUUUCGUGUAUACAACACAUGUAUACAACAAAAACUACACACGUUUCUCGCGUUCGUACGUUUCACGCUAUCACAUUUAUAAACUAUAUAUCCCCAUUGUUAUAUUUUGUGCGAGACCUUUAAAUAUAAUAGAAAAUAGAAAAUGCAUUUUUUUCGUGAAUGAAAAUUUUAAUUUUAAAUAUUUUUAGUGAAAUUUUCAAUUUUAAUUUUAAAUCUAUCGGUGAAAUUAGAAAUGAGAAAAAAGGUUUUUUCCUUUAAUUUCGAUCUGGAGAGAGCGGCUGACUGAUACUGACUAUUAUCCCUGCGUGCGUCUGAUAGCAACGUCACUUACUACUGUUCACUCAGUACUCGACCUUUACUACUCGUCUUUACUUCUAUACAUUUUAACACUUUCACUUGAUAUUGACAAAAUACUGCUGCUAAAAUAAAAAAAAACUGAAAAACCAAAAUGUGUCUGCUAUAAAUGUUUCUGUGUACAUCUAGCACAGGGCUGUCCAAGAACAUAAAGACAAAAAAGAAAGAAAAAAUGAAAAAUUUGCUCCAAACUGUCUCGCCUCGGAUGAAUGUUUCAUUAACAGAAAAAACGAACUUUGGACAUUAUUCUGGGACAGGCCUGAUCUAGCAGACCGGCCAAUGGGUCGUAAAAAGUGUUGUUUACCCACGUCAAGUUUCUAAAUUAUUUCUAUAUUAAAAAUCAAAAAAAAAAAAAACUCGUUAAUUAAUACGCGCGAGUGAAAGAAAAAAUCGGGAUCAAUCAUGAAUCUUAUGUUCCGCAAGAAUUUCGCGGGCGAACGGGGUCCGGGCUCUGGCGAGCGUACAGGCGGGUCUGGCGGUGGGCCAGGAUUGGGCGGUGGAGGGGACGGCGUUGGGUCCGGUAGAGGGGGUGGAUUGGGCCGCACGGGCGCCGUUGGAGCUGGUCGGGGUCCCAUUCGUCGUAGUCGAGAAUUUGGAUAUCCCAUGGACCAUGAUCACGCGAGCUACACUUAUCGCACUCAUCUUUUCCUGUCGCCCCCUGCAGGUGGUGCUGGCGACGAACCAACCGAGAGAUUGGGCCCAGGGCCCCGACGCAACUCCGGUCCACAUGUCAUCAAAUGGGGUGGUGGCGCCGGUGCCAAUCCGAAUAAACGGAAACCGAGUGUUAAUCAGAAGGACAUGAACGAGUGCCCAACGGCAACUGCCUCCUCCAGACAGGUGUCAUUUACGGGAAAUAGAACAAUGGGAACAUACACGCCACUCGUGGUUUCGGGCAGUAGUCCACCACGAGGAGAACCAAUUUCUUUAGCAACAUUGGAAAAAGAUUGCUUCAUCAUUCCCCUUGCUGCCCUAGAAAGAUUCCUUCCAGCAGGAGUGCCGCAUGCGCCUAUCACCGACAAGAAGAGGCCGGGAAGUCCACUUUCAAUUCUAGAGGUAGAGGAUCCAAAGCAAUGUGUUCUAGCACAUUUUAUGACACCUUUGGAGCCCUUGGAUCCAAUUGUCGAGUCACCAGUGGCCAAACCGUUGGUACUGCAACGGGACACUGCCGCGGAAUUAGUCGCCGAAAUUGCCCCUUCGGCCUCGCAAAGUAUCCUACUCACUAACAUGGAGAGAAAUGCGGAUUUUCCAUUUAUCACCUACUAUCUAAUUAAUAAGCAGACCACUGACAUUUUGGAAUUUUAUCAAGAAGUUCAAUGCGCAGCCUUGAGGAAAUUCGACCCAAGAGAUUUGCGCUAUGCCGCCAAUCAUAAUUUGGAUUUAUUUAAUGAAGUCGCAACUAUCGCUCGACCACCACUGGAACCACCGGGAGGAAGACCACCAAUACCGUCCACUGGCUACAUUGUUUCCAUAUUCAAAGUAUUCGAAGGCGAUGACGGAGUUAAAUUCGAACAAAACUGGCUCUACUGGACUGGUGCUCGGAUGAUGUACCGAUAUCUACCAAAAUCAGUCGGCCUCAGGCGUAUCACACUUCACAAAUCAAUGUCUCAGGGUGACAAAAUGUAUUUAUUAAUCUGCGAGUGUUCACAAUUACAAGAUAAUCUCUCAGCGGCCGCAAUUUUAUUGCCUGCACUUCGAGCUCGUUUGUGUGGUUACAUCGGCCUUUACAGACCAUCAGUCUGUUUUUAAAAACAAAACAAACCAUUCUCAAUUUUCAAAAGAAAUUUCUCAAAAAUCUACUUUCGAACAACAAUUUUAUACUCCUCGAGAAAUAUCCAAAAAAACAAAAGAAAUUUCCUGCUUUUAUCGAUCGCAAUAGUGUCAAAAAAAACUAUAUAUAUUUACCUAAAAAGAAAAUACACGACGAAUUUUUACACAUACGUAAUAUUAAUAUUGCAAGAAAACAUAUCAUACAUUUCGAAAAAACUGUGAUAUUCGACGAUACCAUAUAUAUCACAAGUACUUUAAAAUAUUUCUCUAGUACUCUAAUAUUUUCUCUAGACUCUUACAACUCUCAAUAAAUCUAAAAAUAGAAAUUUUAAAUCACUUAAAUUCGUUUGUAAAAUCUAAAAGAAAAAAUUGCUUAAAAAAGGCUCACGUUUGAAUUCUCAUAGAAAAAUUUCAUUUUCAAAACUAAUUUCCUACGAAAAAGAGAAAAAAAAUAGUAGUGAAUACAAUAAUUCAAAUUUUCGCAAAUAAAAUUAAAAAUUUUAUUCAAAAAAGUCUAAUCAAUUUUUAGGAGUUUGAGAAAACGUUUCUAGUAAAGAAGAAGAAUUUAGUAAAUAAAAAAAGAAGUUUGCAGAAGAAAAAAAUAAAUACCUUAAUAAAUUUAGAAAAAAAGUGAUGCUAGUGUGACUACUUGGCAUUUUAGUACAAAAAAAAGAAAUUAGUACAUAAGCUUUGAUUGCCUACAGACAAUAGUUAGAAAAUAUUGCGCAGGCGCAGUUUGUUACUAAAUGAUAGAUUUUUAUUAUAAAAAGAAAAGAUUUCUCAACCUAUAAAUUUCUAUUAGCAAGAGCCCAUUUUUCACGGACCAUGGAACAAGUGCUCCACCGAUAAAGAGCCUUGCAAAUGAACUGUGAUUCAUUUUCGGAUUUGUAAAUGUGAAACAAUCGACAUUUCCAUUCUCCACAUGAUUCUCAAUUGAAAUUAAAUUUUCAAAUCAUGUACAAGAAAAAAUUGUUAUUUAUAUUCUUAAAAUGUUAAUAAAUAAAAAAUUUUAAUCUUUAAAAAAAUAUUUUCUCGAAAAGUAGUUCAAUAUACCUAAGAAUAAGACGAAAUCAAAAUUAGAUUAUAGAUAUUAGGAAACUUUCGAAACUAAUUUUCUAAAAGAAACAAUUUUCCUUCAAAUCUAUUUUUAUUUCUAAAUCCAUUUAACGAAUGUUACGAUUUGAUUUAU